AUGGAGGCACAAUUCGAAAUGUAUUUCGCAAAAAUGCAAAAAGAGAUGCAGAUUCAAACCGACUUAAUAACUAACAGGAUAACGGAUAAAAUAGAUGAAAAACUGAAACCUUUAAUGGAACAAAAUGAAACAUUAAAAAAGAAGGUGGAUCAAUUGGAAAAGAAAAUAGAAUAUAUGGAAAAAGAGAAGAAAAGCAACAACUUAAUAAUACACGGGCUACAAGAACGGGAAAAAACCACAACAGAACUAAUAAAAUAUGUGCAAGAAAAAUUCCUGACAGAAUUAAACAUAUCAAUAGAAGCUGCCGACAUAAACAAAAUUUAUCGUAUCGGAAAAAACAAAAAAGGAGAGAAGCCAAGACCAACACUCCUAUCCUUUGUGAGUGGAUGGAAGAAAAUGGAAGUACUUAAAAACAAGAGCAAGUCAAAGGAACUACAGCUCACGGAGGAUUACUCCAAGGAAAUUUUAGAAAAGAGGAAGGCAUUAAUACCACAACUAAUUGAAGAAAGGAAAAAAGGAAAGGUCGCCUACAUAAAAUACGAUAAACUGAUAGUUCAAGAAAACGAAAACUCAAAAGACAGUAGAAAAAGAGAACUGUCUAUUUCCCCAUCAACUAACCCACAGUCAAAAAAACUACAAACCUCUACCUCAUCAGGGAAUAACAGAACGAACGCAUUUGAUCUAAUGAGAGCUAGAUCUAACUCAAACUCCUCUGAUUAUGUGAGGCAGCGGCCAGUAAACGGACCGGAAGAAUCGACAUAGCAACUAAAACCACAAACAACUAAAACAUUAGGU